AUGCAGACGAAGGAGACAGAUGACGAAGACGAAAGAUCUAUUGCGGUGGCCGGUGCGGCGGAGGAGGAGCUGAAGCUCGAGGCCGACGACUUCAAGUUUAAGGUGGAAGGGAUAGUGAAGCAAUUAGCGGUGGCAGGAGAUCACGAUAAAAUUACUGAAGUGAUCAAUUUGUUGACCACCGAGUUUACCUACUCAACUAAGGCAAAUCAUCGCAAAGGAGGGUUGAUAGGACUAGCUGCAGCAACAGUAGGUUUGACUUCAGAAGCAGCACAGCAUCUGGAGAAUUUUGGUGAUAGCAUUAUCGAGCAUGGUGAAAUCACUGAUAGAAUGGUAAUUGCCAGAAUAAGGGAAGGGAACCACAGAGGUUUUAAGUUGGACAUGGACAAGCAUAGAUGUCUCACUUGUUUGAUACGUAUGAUAUUCAGCAAGAAUGAUGAAGUAGGACUUGUUGCAUUUGGAACCAAAGGUAUUUCUGAGUAUGUGAAUUAG